UAAAUGGAUGAGCCUGAGAAAGGCUUGAGGCACUGAAAGGUUUUGAUUCAGACCCUGAUCGCAACCAGGGAUGUCCGGGACCCAACUGGGUGAUGAUUCCCCUUCUUGUAGGAACUGGUCAUCUAUUCCAGAGCUGAAUGAAAGUCAGGAGGCUUUUUUAAGUCCCUCUACUGACUACGAUGAUGAGGAAUUUCUGCGAUACCUUUGGAAGGAAUAUUUGCACCCCAGAGAAUAUGAAUGGGUCCUGAUCGCUGGGUAUAUAAUUGUGUUCAUUGUGGCUCUCAUCGGGAACGUCCUGGUUUGUGUUGCAGUGUGGAAGAACCAUCACAUGCGGACAGUUACCAACUAUUUCAUAGUCAACCUCUCGCUGGCUGAUGUUCUUGUCACAAUCACUUGUCUUCCAGCCACUUUAGUGGUGGACAUUACAGAAACGUGGUUCUUUGGGCAGACUCUCUGCAAGGUGAUCCCUUAUUUACAGACUGUUUCAGUAUCUGUGUCUGUACUCACUCUAAGCUGCAUUGCUUUGGAUCGAUGGUAUGCGAUUUGUCAUCCUUUGAUGUUUAAAAGUACAGCCAAACGGGCAAGGAACAGCAUUAUAAUUAUCUGGAUUGUGUCCUGCAUUAUAAUGAUUCCUCAGGCUAUUGUUAUGGAGUGCAGCAGUGUUUUCCCAGGACUUGCCAACAAAACCACCUUAUUCACAGUUUGUGAUGAGCACUGGGGAGCUGAGGUCUACCCAAAAAUGUACCACACAUGUUUCUUUCUGGUGACAUACAUGGCACCACUCUGUCUUAUGGUGUUGGCCUAUUUGCAAAUAUUUCGAAAACUAUGGUGCCGCCAAAUCCCAGGAACUUCUUCAAUAGUUCAGAGAAAAUGGAAGCCACUACAGUUUUCAGCACAGCCCCAGGGGUUGGGACAAUCAACAAAGUCAAGGAUUAGUGCUGUGACAGCUGAAAUAAAACAGAUACGAGCAAGGAGAAAAACAGCACGUAUGCUGAUGGUUGUUCUCUUGGUUUUUGCACUUUGCUAUCUACCAAUUAGUAUCCUCAAUGUCUUAAAAAGGGUUUUCGGCAUGUUUAACCAUGCUGAUGACAGAGAGACGGUGUAUGCCUGGUUUACAUUCUCACACUGGCUCGUUUAUGCAAACAGUGCAGCAAACCCUAUUAUUUAUAAUUUUCUCAGUGGGAAAUUUAGAGAAGAAUUUAAAGCAGCAUUUUCUUGUUGCUUCUGUGGCAUUCAUCAUCACCAGGAUGAGCGUCUCACCAGAGGGCGUGCAAGCACAGAAAGCCGAAAAUCCUUGACCACACAGAUUAGCAAUUUUGAUAACGUUUCAAAACUUUCAGAACACGUUGUACUGACUAAUAUAAACACAAUUCCAGCAAAUGGUGCCAUGGCCAUAUACAACCCAUUGAAGUCAGUGGAACUGCACCUGCACAUACCAGGGAUGAACAUAACUACAAGUUUAGAUGAAUCAGAGAAAGUUUCUGUGGAAGAUACUGGGACAACUGAGAAUACAGAGUGGUCCAGAUAUACCCCUGUGGCUACUAAGCUGACAUCCAUGGAGUUACAUCAAGGAUGAAUUUGGGCCCAUACAUUAAAGGCUACUUGAGAAUACCAAUGUCCUUAUACACCAUGUGAUAGAUCACAACAAUUAGACAAAGGGAUUCCUCCAAAAUGACUGCCUCUUCUAUUUCCUCUCAAUCUUAUGGAAACCUACUUACCUCAUAAUGUGCUAAGAACAUGCAUCUUUGCAAGUCUUUUUAAAAGAAAGCAUUGUAUCAUGCUUUGUAAAUACUGUAGAUAUUUAUUUUUAUAUAUAUUUCAGAUGCCAUGUAACAUUCUAAAAUGUAUCACAUAAAGAGCUAUGAGUAUUUGAAGGCAGAGUUAGAAAACCAUUUAGUUUACAUCCUGAAGCUAUUCAUGAUGGAUUUAAUUGUGAGACACAGUUGCUCUUCUUACGCACCAAUGAAAUUUUACACUUCAACAACUAUAGUAUACUUUUUACCACAUUUUCUGCAGUUUCUCUUGAGAUUGUUAUUGUGGUAUUCACAGCUACUCAUUCCAACAUAACCACAUCCUUAGUCAUGGAAUAUUUGUUUUCUCUAUGUAAUUCUAAACUGAGAAUUUAGAGCCAUUUUCCCUUAAACUUGGGUGCCUAAAGUUAAGCAUCUAAAAAAAACCAAUCUGAUGAUAAAAGGUGCUGAGAAUCUGAAAAUAGUGCUCAAAUCAAUAGGAACUGUAAGGGAUUGGCCACUGAAAUUUAGACUGCUUUAAGGCUGGUGCCUAACUUUAGCAAUCAGUGUCUAAAAAUGUUAGUCUCAAUCAGGUCCCCUGUGGUCUUUCUGUGAAGUUGAAAACACCAAUUUGUCUCGUUUGUUUUUAAGGUUUGGUAUUUCAGCUACUGGUUAGGACUUAGAUCUUAGUAGUUAAUAGAUUUUACUGGAAAAUUCUUUUUUAUCCAUGGAAAAAAUUGAGUUUUCAGCAAAUAUAAAAAAAUCAAAAUAUCUCUAUUGAGAAACAUUGAUGAGGUAACUCACAUGAGCUACAGCUUACGUGGCUCAAACUCCCCUUACCUCUCCUUGAAGCAGUCUGGUCAGAGGUGUCCCAUGUUGCACUGUGUUCCUCCUUCCUGAUAAGGACAGGUGAUGCAUUUUAGGAGGCUUAGCACAGCUGGACCAUAGAUAAGACAUGACAUAGGGAGCACCCAAACUGCACCUUGUGUAAGAUACUGUGACAGGAUAUUAGAAUCAAAAUACAUGAAGAGCAACAUUUUGGGGAAAAUUAGAUCUUUAUGUUUUAAUAAAAAAUGAGUAUGUGACAAACAAAACAGAUAUUUUUCACACACAGAAUAUUUGUUGAAGACCCAAUUUUCCAUAAAAAUGUAUUUGAUGGAAAUUUUUUAUCAGUCCUGGUAAUUAUUUUUUCUAGGUUUUACUGUGACCAGAGACACUUAUAAACUGUUUUUCCUCCCUCCGUUUAUCUCUCUCUGUAUAUCUAAGUAUUUUUAAAGUGCCUAAUUACUCCUCUCAUUUAACUCAGUGUUAUACUUGUAUAACUAUAGAGACUUUGUUGAAAUUACUCCUGAUUUACACUGCUGUGAAGUGAGAGGAAAAUCACUCCUCAUCCUGUUUGUAUAUAAAGUUUUUUUAAAGUAAAAGAAAAAUAAAUAUAUGCGAAAAUAGUUAAAAUAAAA